AUGGUCCUCUAUCGAUUGGUACCAAAAAAAAUUUUCAAAUUUUUGUAUAGAGUAUCCGAUGUUCCCUUGUUAACUAAUCCACUCAAACUCCAUUUUUUCUUAAUAUUCCACCCUUUAUUAAUUCACCAAAAAAUGGUAACAACUCAGCAUGGCCCUCAAUGUAUUUGUGAAAUUUGUACUUGCGGACGGCAUCAAUGCCCAUUAAAUCGUUCAUCUGCCACUGGUUUUUCCCCUUUUGGUGAAAAGUGCAAUAAUGGGAAUGGAAAUAGCAGCCAUUUUUACCGAAAAGAAUUUGCUACAACGGCCAAUGUUAGUGAAAGGGCAAAGCCGGCACGUCCUAAUCCGGAGCUGACACUUGACAGGACAAUUCCAUUUCACUCAAACGAAAAAUCGGUAGAUUUUUCUGAACAGCAAAAAGCACUAACAGAAGCACGUAAUCAACGUUUUGUUACUUCUGCCGCAUUUAGAAAACGUGGGCAAAAUUCUCAAAUUCAGUUAACUGACGGGCAAAAUAAUCAACAACAGCAAAUGCUUCGAAGUACUUACAGAGAGGAAAGUGAACGUGCUUUGCAAAAUGGAGUUCAACAACGUGUACGUCCAACUCGCCCAGCCGCUACAACACCCAUCUUUGGAGGUUCUGACUCUAAUAACAUUCAUCAAACAGUGAAUCAGAGUGAAUAUGCUCCAAAGCGUUCAGAAAGAGCUGAGGCUGUUAGGCCUAAAACUUCAGACCUUUGGAAGAAUUCAAAUGGUACUUCGCUUGAAAAAAGUGGAGUUAAUGCGGAAUAUGGGAAAGGAGGGGGGAGAGGUGAAAGGCCAGUAGCUGCACGCCCUCGUGAAUCAAACAUCCUUCGUGGGGAAGGUCCAUUUCAUGUGGAAACGAAUCAGCGUUCUGAAUAUGGACCUAAACGAGGGGAGAGAUUUGAGGCUAAACGACCUGUGGAAUCUGAGAUUUGGAAGAAUGAAGGCCCAAAUGAACGUACAACAGUGAAUAGAAGCGAAUAUAAGGGAGGCCGUGGGGAUCGCUUUGAGGCUAAACGACCAGUUGAAAAUGAGAUUUGGAAGAAUGAAGGCCCAAAUGAGCAUACAACAGUAAAUCGAAGUGAAUAUAAGGGAGGCCGUGGUGACCGCUUUGAAAUGCGAAAACCUCCAGAUUCUGAUAUUCUACGUGUACAAGGACCCUUCGAAUCCCUAAGUGUUGCACACAGUGAAUAUGCUCAAAGAGGUCCAGGAGAACGCUUUGAAAGUCGAAAACAAGGAGAAAAUGAAGAAAUUUGGCGUAAUGAAGGAAGAAUGGCUGCUGAAGGUUCUGUCAGUAAAAAUGAUUAUCAACACGAAGAAGGAAAAAGGGGUGAUCGACAUCCAAUGCAUCGUCCAAAGGAUACGGAACUUUUUGAUGUACGUAGCGGCAAAAUUGGAGAAGAAAGAACAGUUAAUGCUACCGAGUAUUCUCAUACCCGUGGAGAGCGUGCUGAACGAAAAGUGCCACAGCCUUCAGGAAUAUUUCUACCUCCUCCAGGAUCAGAAUUUGCGCCAGAAAGUACUGUCACUCGAGAGCAUUAUGGUCACAAAGAAUUGGUAGAGAGAGCCCAUCCAGUGCCCCGACGGUCAGAGUUUGUGUUGGCAGGGCCGGAAGAAUCCUUCAAUAAAUCCACCAAUUACAACGACAAUUUCCAACAAAUUCCUUCGGAUACUUAUGCUUCCCGCCCUGCAGCAGUACGCCCAUCUACAGCAUUAAAAUUGCAGGGUGAUAGAGAAUUUAAGAGUGGAUAUGGAUCAGAAUUUACAAAUAAAUUAGCUGGGCCGUGUCCAGCUGGGGAAUUGGUGGAAACAUUGAAAGGCCACGCAUGCAAAGCUGAGGACAAAAAUGGAAGUCAUACAGACACAAAUAACUUCCACUUUCAUUCAGUAAAUAAAGGCCAUCAUAUGUAUAGAUCAAAGGAAAAUUUGGCCGAGUCUUGA